CCUAGUUAGACUGUUGGAACCAAAUGCAAUUAAGUGUCAUUUAAUCUUUGUGCUCAUGUAUUAUACUGCACAGUAGGCAGCAGUAGUAGCUGUCUGUAACACCUUGGCCCAAACAGUGGCCACAUAGCUAUUAAAAAUAUUUUUGUGUUUAGGUCUGCAGGAGCUAUGGUGUUUGUCUCAGUGCUACAAGAAGUAUGGACUCUUUUUAACAGUCCACCCUAUCAGGACCUCUGGCUAGCAUCCCCAGAUGGAUGGUCUGGUGGAAAAAUUAAAUUGGACUUUGAAGGGGAUGUUGAGGAAGUAUGUGGCACAAGGACCCUGGGAAUAGGAUACAUUCCUACCUUAUUUGCUAUUUACUAUCCAUGAGAUUUCCCCAAUCCUCAUUGGGGCUCUCUCCUUUUGAACUCCUGCACAGGAGACAACUCUGAGGCAUUUUGGACUGUCUUCACAAGACCUAGCAGAUGCAGGGCAUGAGGUGUCAUAAUGUCAUAUAGUAUGUACUUUGGCUGAAUCUAGUCGGAGCAUUCACCCUGGAGAAUCCCAGGACUAUGCACCGGACUCGAGAACCACAUUGUUAUAAGAAUUCAUGACUCUGCGUGUAUUGACUUGGGACUGGGGAUUGCUCCUCUCGUUAGAGAAUGAAAUGCUUGCUAAAUGGUAGGGACCUUCCCUCUGAGAUCAGAAGAUGAGUUGGAGUGGUGGAUUAUGAAGUUCAUGUGGAAGGGAGAUGGCACAGGUCCCAGAUGUACUGCAUAAACCUCUUCUGAAACUGGUGAGCCUUAACAGCACAUUCAGAAAAUGCAGAAAACAGUUUGACUCCCAACCACUGAAGCUGCUCUGUGGGGAAAACCAGUCCACAGCUCAUCAGAAAGAAGCAAGGUCCCUGCUGGAGGACUUUCCAGAAGCAUUUACAACCUGAACAGGGAGUUAGCACCCUGAUUAGUCAUCAGAUUGUCCUGAAACCAGGGUGUCCCAUCCAAAAGGGGUUCUCCUGAGUAUCAGAGCAAGUAUCAGAAAUGGAGAUUCUUCAAGGGGCAGCAGAUGAAUUCUGUACCAAGAUGGAUAGUGCUGUGGAGGACAUGGAUACAACUGAUACCCAGUGGGGUUGGUUUUAUUUGGCUGAAUGUGGUAAAUGGCAUAUGUUUCAGACUGACUCAAACACUCAAUGUUCAGUUAGCAGUGAAGACAUUGAAAGGAGCUUCAGAAUGAACCCACAUGGCUCUCUUUGUUUUACUACUGCAAAAUUUAACUACAGGUUAGACUUUUCAGAGAUGAAGCAAACGAACUUAACUACUGAAAAACAGCGUCCAAUAAAGCGAGCUCCCUUUUCUAUCAGCGCUUUCAGUUACAUCUGUGAAAAUGAGGCUAUUCCCAUGCCUCCACACUGGGAAAAUGUAAAUACAGAUGAACCAUAUCAGCUUAUUCCUUUGCAAAAACAGACAAAUGAGUAUAAUGAGGUUUCUGGUUUCUUUGCGAAAACAAUGGAUAGCAACCGAAUUAAGAGAAUUCAGAGAAUUCAAAACCUAGACUUGUGGGAGUUUUAUUGCAGGAAGAAAGCUCAACUAAAGAAGAAAAGAAGUGUUCCUACCAUUAAUGAGCACAUGUUAUUUCAUGGCACUAGCAAUGAAUUUGUAGAAGCAAUAUGCAUUCAUAACUUUGAUUGGAGAAUAAAUGGCAUGCAUGCUUCCGUAUAUGGAAAGGGGACAUAUUUUGCAAAAGAUGCUUCAUACUCUAGUCGGUUCUGCAAAGAAGAUAUGAAACAUGGAGACACUUUUCAGAUUCAUGGUGUGAACUUUCAGCGCCAUCUGUUACGAACAUAUAAAGUCAUGUUUCUUGCCCGUGUAUUAACUGGUGACUAUAUCAAUGGCGAACCAAAAUACGUAAGGCCUCCCUCAAAAGAUGGGAGUUUCGUGAACUUAUAUGACAGCUGUGUGGAUAACACUUGGAAUCCGAAGAUCUUUGUUAUCUUUGAUGCCAACCAAAUCUAUCCUGAAUAUUUAAUAGAAUUCAGUUAAGUUGCAGGGAGCUGAACUGGAUAUUAGGUUAGAUUUUUUGGAUGGUAAGUAUGACUUCACAAAGGAAAAAUAAUAUAUGAAUUGUAAAAUUGGCUUCCUUUUGUAAAAAAGGGCAUUGGAAAGCUUUGAACUAGUCUUACUAUUAUAUAUUUUCAAAAUUGGUAUGUAUUUAUUCAUGUUAAAAUAUAUAUAUAUAUAUAUAUAUGAUGUCAUAUGUGCAUGAGUAAAACUAAUCUUUUAUAAAGAUUUAUAAUUUUAUAAAAUACAGAGGACUUAGUAUUUCUUCUGAUGUACUGUAGUACUCAUUGCUUUGCAUGUUGUGUCUCUUUUAGAUUGGGGUUUAAAUGUCCAAACUUGUCUGUCAGAGGAAAAAGGGUCUAGACCCAUCUGAACAGCUGCUAGGUUUAAACUUAGUUAUCCGGUACUGCUUAAGGCAGUCUUUCAUUAAUACUAUGAUCUCAGAAUGUAAGUUGAAUUUUCAUUGUGACAGAAAGAUAUACCUUUACAGUGGGUGUGAUCAUUGGUCAGUAUUUAGCUGGGUAUUUAACCAUUGAGUCCAAUGCUGGAAUAUUAAUUGUAGGAUACUUAUGAUCCAUGCAAUUGUUUUCAUACUAACAUUGCAGGUUUUCCAUUUUGGGCGGGUGUAUGCGUGUGUGUGGAUGGCUUCAAUACACUACUGCUACUUCUAUUUUCUACAGUUUGGCUGAGAUCUAAAGCAGCACUCACUGUCAGUUUAUCCUCUUCAUUGAAGUAGAAUAUAAUAAUCCUCUUAACUUCAAUGGGAAACAAAGUUAAACCACUGUGGAGCUCUUUUUUUAAAAAAAUCCACUCCCUUCUUUUUUUUCUUCUUUUUUUACACUUCAUGGAAGCUUUUAAGAAUGCUUGUGCAUGGUGGCUAUUUGUGAACCAGAUUUUUCUCUGUUUACAUAGAUUCAGAAAGUAUGGAUUAUUUUUCCAGGAAGAACCUGAUUAGGGGAGGAGAAGAGGGAUCAGAAAUGGAUAAAGAAAAGGAUCACAGAGACUCAAAUACCUAAAGAAGGGAGGAGCUACAUUACCAACAAUUGAUUUGAGGUUUUAAAUGAAUAAAAAACAAAUUGGGCCCUCCUUUUUGAAAUUGCCUUCUUGGAUUUUUACAUAAGAUCUUUUUAACAGACAUACUUACAUCUACGGGAUGGGAGGCUGCUGGUUGUUGUACAUGCACAGCCUGAUGGUACUUCGUAAGUGACAGAAAUAUAUCCUUCUCCUUCCUUGGUCCUGUUAUCUUUGCUUGUCAGCAAAGUGUGCACUUGGACCAUGUGUCACUCCCUUGUGCUCUUCAAAAUUUCAUGGAAACAUUUCCUAGAUUUCUGUCUUUAAACUGUUCAGGGCAGAGACUAUAAAUGUAUAAGUUGCCUGGCACAGUAAGCCAUUGAUCUGGGGCCUCUGACUGCUUGGCAAACACAAACAAUUAUGACUUUGCUAAGACACAAGACUUGUAAAAACAGACCCCUCUCCCCACUUCUCAUAAAAAUUUCAUAGCAAAGCCUGUACAGAGUUCCCAUAUUAGAGUCCUCUUUAUUUUUUACA